CCGAUUGCACACCGACCUAGGUCUUUCUUUUGUGGAACCGUCGUCAAAAUAAAGGAGACCUUUGUAUCAAAAAUUUCCCGAAAAUUAUAAAAAUGGCAGAAUCGGAAAUAGUGGAUGCGGACCUUACAAUUGAUGAUUUACUUCCUAAAAGUCCAGAAAGUCUGGCUGAGGAGAAGAAAGAGAGUGGCAACCACUUGUACAAAUUUAAAAAUUACAAGGGUGCUCUUGUUAUGUACGAUGAAGCCAUCCAGCUAUGCCCAGAGAAUGCCUCUUACUAUGGCAACAGAUCAGCUUGUUACAUGAUGCUGGGCAUGUACAAGAAGGCCCUGGAGGAUGCUCAGAAAUCUGUUGUGCUGGAUCCAACAUUCACCAAGGGAUACAUCAGAAUUGCAAAAUGCUGCAUUGCUCUUGGGGACAUCUCUGGCGGAGAGCAAGCCGUACGUAGUGCGACGGAGCUGGGCGGCGCCGACUGCGCAACGAGCGAGCGCCGUGCGCUGGAGUCUCUGCGUAGGCUGCAUGAGGAUGCCCAGCGCGCCAUGGAGGCUGAGGACUACCGCCGGGCUGUGUUCUGCAUGGACCGCUGCCUCGACUACAGUCCAUCCAGCUCCAAGGCCAAAUUGACCAAAGCAGAAUGCUUGGCUAUGAUUGGACGCUGCCAAGAAGCACAAGAAAUUGCCAAUGACAUGAUCAGACAUGACAGUUUGGAUGCAGAGGCCAUAUUUGUGCGUGGCCUCUGUCUUUAUUUUGAGGAUAAAGAUGACCAGGCAUUCAAGCAUUUCCAACAAGUGUUGCGUCUUGCACCAGAUCACAAGAAAGCAAUGGAGACUUAUAAGAAAGCUAAACUUCUCAAGCAAAAGAAGGAGGAAGGAAAUGAGGCGUUCAAGAUGGGCCGCUGGCAGCAAGCCCUUACCCUGUACAAUGAAGCCCUCAAAAUCGACAAAAACAACAGAGCCGUCAAUGCCAAGCUCUACUUCAACAAGGCCACAGUGUGCGCCAAACUCAACCAAAUUAAGGAAGCCGCAGAGGCUUGCACCGCUGCUCUUGAAUUAGAUGAAAAUUAUGUGAAAGCCCUUCUCCGUCGAGCCAAAUGCUACACAGAAUUGGGAGAGUUCGAGGAGGCAGUCAAGGACUAUGAGAGACUAUACAAGAUUGAUAAAAGCAAAGAAAACAAAAUAUUACUCCAAGAGGCCAAACUUGCUCUUAAGAAGUCCAAACGCAAAGACUAUUAUAAAAUACUUGGGGUUGAGAAAUGUGCAUCUGAAGAUGAUAUUAAGAAGGCUUACAGGAAGCGCGCGCUCGUGCACCACCCGGACCGGCACGCGGGCGCGCCGGAGGGCGAGCGGCGCGAGCAGGAGCGCCGCUUCAAGGAGGUGGGCGAGGCCUACGGCGUGCUCAGCGACCCCAAGAAGCGCGCGCGCUACGACCACGGCCACGACAUGGACGACGACAGCGGCGGCAUGGCCGACAUCGACCCGAACGUAGUGUUCCAGACUUUCUUCAACCGCGGGGGCCAACACUUUGAUUUCCAGUCGGGAGGGGGCUUCCCUGGAUCCGCAUUUAGCUUCCAGUUCGGUUAAUCUAUAGGGAAACUAACGAAACAACACAAUGUCCCAGAUAGAUACACAAAAUUACUAAUUCAAUACAUUGCCAUUCCAAAUUAUAUCAACCAAAUUAGUGCACUUUAUUUGAUCAUGUAGCGACCACGUUUCUACUGAUUGUUUUAUUAUAGUUAUACCUACUCGUCAUUUAGCACUAACCGAACAUUUACAAUGUCAAAUUAUGAUGUGUGGAGUGUAACAUUCUGAUAAAAAUUAAUGAUGUUUUAUAUUUAUAGUUACAAAAAUAGUGUUGCGUUUUAGUACCUGCAAUAUUUGUAAUCACGAAUCUAUCCAAUGCCCUUAUAGUUCGUUUUUUUUUCCAUUAGAAAAAAGGUAAAAAAUCUAGACGUGUCUUUUUAUUGAAAAACACAUAAUUCACAGCAAAUAUGUAACAAUUAUGAAUCAUAUACGAUUAUUUACAUUCUUUAGCUUUCAUAAGUAAUAGUUACUGAUUAAAAAUAAAAGACGUCAAUAUCGCGUAGUCUUGUUCUAAUGCUAAAAAUAACGAACUAUAGAGAGAACCCACACUAGCGUCUUUUGAGCGUCGGCGUCUAGUCAACGUUAUGGAAACGUUGCGCCAACGUUGCCUCAAGUAGCAGCCUAGAGUUGGCUAGGCGCCGACGCUCAGGAGACGCUAGUGUGGGUGGCCCUUAAAUAUAUGGGAUGCAUUAACCCCUUUAAAUAACAAGAUGGUUAAUGGCAAAUUAAUGUUAACCGCAUAAUUAAUUAAUAUUAUAGAGAUAGUAAUGUUAUCGACUGAUUUGGUUAAGUAACUUUUUUCAUUCUUCAUAUGAAGUAAUAAUGGUUUGUUUUCUUUGAUAGUUAUUGGAACCCUUUUGAUAUGCAUAUAGUAGCCCUGUUAGUAGAUCAGAAAUAUAACUGUACCUUGCAUUUUUUAAUAAUAUCAUGUGUAAUUUGUCUCACUCUAUUCUCAUUUUAUACUACAUUGUUAUAUUUAUGUCUGACAACAAUACAAACCUCAUGAAAUGGGCCCCUCAUAUAAAAAUUAUAACUAUAUAAUUAGGCGAAAAAUCUGUAUAGUGAUAGCAAGUGAUAGAUUUAUUUUAUUGAAAGUGUUCGUCUAACAUUAAAUAAGAAAACGAUGUACAGUCAGCA